AUGUUGUUGGACUACUGGUACAGGUGUUGUGGCGCUACGCUAAUCAAGCGUCGUGGGCCAAUACCGACUGAGACCAAGACUGAGGAAACAUGGGUUGUCCUGUGGAAACUGCUGAUCUGCUUGGGCUCCUUCUAUUCCCUGUACUACAUCACCAUCAGUCUCUGCGUUGGCUUUCUCAGGUUGGAAGAUGUUCAUAUCUGGUUGGCACCUUUUGACUUCACUAUACAGGAUUCAUGGGAAAAUCCAAAAUAUUUAGUGAGUGUGAUUUCCACCGAGGUCACGUACCUCAUUAGUGGCCUGCUGUUUGGGUGGCUGGUCGAACAGUGCGUGUGGGACUAUGCCAUCACCAUCACCCUUAUCCACGUCGGCUUCACUGUAGCAGUGAUGUCUGAUUUUCCAUCUGCGGAGCACUGGUGGGCUGCACUGGGUGCCGGGUUGCUAAUGAUGAUUUUCACCGGACAGCUUCUUGCAUACAUGCUUCUCAGAAGUAAUUUUGUGCAUCCAGCUGAUCUUCAGAACUUCUAGCUCACAUUGUUUAUCUUUAAAAGUACUCAAGUUAUACUUAAGUGUGUGUAGUUAAUUUUUGUUACGUACAGUUGGCCAUUUUGUG